GUAGAGAAAGGAGUCAAAAAGGUGCCAUUCUUAACUCACGUUUUAACACAAUUUGUUAGCCCCAAACAAUAACAAUAAAAAUAGGUGUGCCCUUAUUUGAGAAUAAGAAAAGUUACCUUUUAUACAAGCUAAACUCAUUGAGUAAAAGGAAACGCACCGCAGGGUACCAUAAGAACCCCAUUGGACAGGGCGAACAAAGCCAAGGGCGUGGCGCGUUAUAACGCCCCUUUUUUAAAAACGCACCCGACAACAUCAAAUACACAGGUACAAACGUAUCGAAAAACAUUUCAAGAUAACACUUUCCUUAUGAAAAUUGUCUCUGAAAAUACCCUGUCCAAGAUAACUUAAUUUAAAAAAAAUGCAUGGAAAUCUUCCCCAGCUUUUCGUUUCCGCCGGGGAAGCAGCGAUGAAAGAAAAAAGUAAGAACGCGGCUCGUUCGCGGCGCGAAAAGGAAAACGCCGAGUUCUUGGAAUUAGCAAAAUUACUACCGUUACCAGCCGCUAUUACUUCUCAAUUGGAUAAAGCUUCUGUUAUUCGAUUAACAACUUCUUAUUUAAAGAUGAGACAAGUUUUUCCAGACGGACUUGGGGAUGCUUGGGGAGCACAACCGGUCCCCCCGAACCCUCGCGACGCCCUCAUCAAAGAAUUGGGAUCCUAUCUACUUCAAACACUCGACGGAUUCAUUUUUGUCGUCGCCCCAGAUGGAAAAAUUAUGUAUAUUUCAGAAACAGCUUCGGUACAUCUUGGGUUAUCACAGGUUGAACUAACCGGAAAUAGUAUUUACGAAUACAUUCAUCAAGCUGAUCAUGAUGAAAUGACGGCCGUUUUAACACCGACUCCUCCUCAACCGGGUUCGGCUCCUCGAGAUUACGAAAGCGAAAGAGCUUUCUUUCUGCGUAUGAAAUGCGUUUUAGCAAAACGAAACGCAGGUCUCACCAACGGUGGUUAUAAGGUAAUUCACUGUAGCGGCUACCUCAAGGUCAAACAAUUCACCGCUUCCCAAUCGCCUUACGAAGGAUGUUACCAGAAUAUGGGUUUGGUUGCUGUGGGCCACUCGUUACCUCCGAGCGCCAUCACCGAAAUCAAACUCCACCAGAACAUGUUCAUGUUUCGAGCGAGUCUCGACUUAAAACUCAUUUUUUUGGACGCAAGAGUGGCCCAGCUGACAGGAUAUGAACCCCAAGAUCUCAUCGAGAAAACUCUUUACCAUUACAUCCACGUCUUCGAUAUGCAAUUAAUGAAAUCAUCUCAUUUGCAAUUGUUGUUCAAGGGCCAGGUUACAUCGAAGUACUAUAGGUUUAUGUGCAAGGGGGGCGGCUGGGUUUGGAUGCAAAGCUAUGCCACAAUCGUUCACAAUUCAAGAUCAUCACGACCCCAUUGUAUAGUUUCUGUUAAUUAUGUUUUAAGCGAUGUGGAAGCGAAAGAUUUAGUUUUAAAUCAAUCUCAAGGAAACGUUAAAGAGGAGGCUUCUUCACCGAAUAUAAUUGAACGAAAUUCCUCACCUCAAUCAUCAUCAUCCCGUUCUAGUCAUCACCAAUUAAAAUAUCAAUUACCAAGAACAUCAGCUGCUUCAACAGCCGUUGUAACACCACCUUCAUCGGUACAACAACCGGAAGAAGAAUUUAAUGACUCAAAUGGUGUUUCUUAUCCGACUCCCACACCAUCUACCGAAUAUCCCAUAUAUUUAUCCAAUUUUCAUGAUGACCCUUAUUAUCCGCAUCAAGAAAUUUUUUAUCCUUACUCAGACGCGGAGUUAACUCAACACAGUUUAAAUCCCAUUAAUAAUCAGCACCAACAAAGACCUUAUAGUGCUUCAUCGAGUAGUUGUAGUAGUGUUGAAAGUGAGCAGCAAACGAAUAACUUGCAUUUUCAAACUUUGAAUAACCCAUAUUGUUCUGGUGAUCAUUUGGGGCAGCAACAACAACAACAACAGCAUUCUCCGUUUGGACCAAAUUGUUUUAAUAACAACCAAAAUCAUGCGUUGCAGCAACAAAGUAUGUAUGAUGGACAUGAUUAUAAACAAGGGCAUCAACAAACCUCGGCUGGUUAUACGAGCGUUAUUGUUGAAGCUCAAUAUCAACUUACAAAUGAAUAUGUACAUUAAAAUGAAAAAAAAUCCACUUUGUAAAAAGAUUUUUUAGUAGAUGUAAGUUUUUUUUUGUAUAGAUUUUUUUUUGUAACCCGAGUGUAAGUGCCAUAUUAAUGUAUGAAAAAGAAAAAGAAAAAAUAGUGAGAAAAAUUUGAUCACGUGACAAUAACUUUCAUGAUUUUUUUUUGUUAGCUUUGAAUUUAACGUUUAUUUUUGUACAUAGUUUGUGUAAUUUAU